AUGAAUCCUGUAAUUGUAGAUCUUUCAAAAACCCCUGAAAUCCAUCUAUCGAUAAAUUUGGUGAAUGAGAAAAAUGAUUUACCAUAUGAAGCCUGGAAAUAUUCAUUAAUUGGUCGUUUAGAUUUUGUUCACCUUAAAUUUUCGGAUGCUGCAACGAUUCUUCGGAAUCAAUGGAAGCUAAAAGACAAAUACCAACUUAUUCCACUGGGCAAAGGUUUCUUCACUAUCAAAUUAUCAAGCAUUGAAGAUAAAGAGUAUAUUACUUCUGGUAAAUGGGAGGUUCAAGACCAGGUUCUUAGGGUUAGGAACUGGAUUCCAAAUUUCCGUCCUGAAAAUCAAAGAACAUCUAAAGCUAUGGUAUGGGUUCACUAUCGAGGGCUUAGUUUGGAGUAUUGGGAUGAAGAAACUUUAUUUACUAUUAUUAGAGCAAUUGGAACUCCUAUCAAAGUUGAUGCAGCUACCUUACAAUACCAGAGUGGAUAUUAUGCAAAAGUUUUGAUUGAGAUUGAUUUAGCUAAAACAAUUCCCAAUAAGCUUUGGAUAAUUACUAAGUAUGGAGCAUUCUCUCAGGGUGUAACUCUUACCAAAAUUCCUAAAUUUUGUACUAAAUGCAAAAUUGUGGGUCACCAUCCUCAUGUUCCCAUGGAAAACCAUUCAACUGAAGUUACUGAGAUAAAUUCUGAUAUGAAUGUUAUCAAUUCUACUGUUGAUAUCAAAGUUACACAUAACCCCUUUGAAGUAUUACAAGAAAAUGAUAAUGAGCUUACAGAACCUGAAGAUGGGGAAAUUAAGGAAAUUAAUGCAACCAACCUUUUAGAAUUUGGUACUAUCCCUCAAAAUAUUAUUAUUAUCCCAAGAAUUUCAACUAGCUCUCAGUCAAGUGAAGAAGUGGGUUCUUAUAAAUCUUCAAAGAAAAAGCCUCAUCUAAAGCCAGCAGUUGUCACAAGAAAAUCUAGUAAAGAAUCUCUUAAGCAUAUGAUUGAUAAGGGGAGUUUAUCUCCUCAGCCACCACCUUUUAAAUGA